UUUUGCAGUGUCCAAUAUCUCAACAUGAGGGUACUCACUUUCUUGCUCGUCACUCUUUUUGCCCUCGCCAAUGUCAUGCAAGCACAGCGUUACGAUCGAGCCAUUUAUGAAGCUCUGUUAAAUGAUCUGGAACGGGAAUUUGUGGAGCGUGAGUUAGCACAGCACGUGCUGGAAAAACGAGAAUUGCUCCGACAAGACCGCCAGGAGCUCGACCGAGUACGUCGAGCGUCUGAAAAGAAGUCGUACCCGCGUAAUUGCUACUUCUCACCCAUUCAAUGCCUCUUCACACGUAACUAGGAUGCCUAUAUACAGCCGAUCAUCUCUUUCCAUAGAACGCUUUCUUCUUCUUCUUCAUCAUCUUCUCACUCUCUCUCUUCGAAAUGUCAUAACUUUGUGAUCAAGAGUCAUUCCAAUUCCCCCUCUUCCAUCCCUCACUCAACACCUACCGUUUCGCCCAUCUCCUCGUCCCCUUUUUUCUUUUCUCCAACUCUUUUUUUCAAUUGUCAUAUAUUCUCCCCCAAAAUCCCCUCUUUCCGAAAAUCUUCCUACUCUGAAAGCUCCGAUCUCGUCUUGCGGCAGUCGCAUAGCAAAAAGUUGCGGGUCGCAAAACCCUUACCAUUCGAAAUCCAAUUCUGUUCUGUUCUGUUCCAUAAUGAGCAACAAAAUGAAUGAACGUUAUCUGCAUAUAUACAGUACAUUGAAAACAAAACAAGAGAGUCAUCUCUCACUGUUUGUUCUUAAAUAGUUCCGUGUAGCCUCCCCCUUACCAAUUUCUUAUCACCUCCCGAUUUUUUCUUCCAAAAGUACCCCCCCCCCCCCAACACACACACACACACCCUUUUUUUUAGCCAAUUAUAUUAUAUCUUCUUAUUAUAUAUGCCCCAAUAUCACUUUUAUCAGUAAAAUAUCUGGAAAACAAAUAAUAUGAUUCUUAAAAUAACUGCAUGAGUAAGCCUCUCCGAGAUCUGGACCCCACCUUCCCCGUUCGGAAGAUAAGUGAUGAACAUCAAGAUCGUUACUAAUAAAUUGUUAAUUGAAACCCACUGAUAAACGCUAUGUUUGUAUUUAACGUGUAAUGUUUGAAUGAAAAUUGAAUUGAAU